CAGUCGCUAACUUGACGGAGUCUAUGCCCGCCUAUCUCGCUUUCCUCUCUGCUUGUCGAGUUGAGUCGACUCUGCUCUGGGCGGUUCCGUCCGUCCGUGGCCCGCCCGAAGAAAAGCGCAGCAGCAACAGAACGACCAGCGCCGCGCACACAAACAUGGCGCCGGCGUGAAAAGUGUGGCGAACUUGAGUCACACCGCCGGCGAACUUUCGUGAGCGAGCGAGCGAGCGAGCGAGCGAGCGAGCACCCCCGCUCGAAAGCCCGCCCGCCCCAAGUACGGAACUUGGAGCGAGUUCGACGACAGCAACUCGCUUCCAUGUCAACGUCGUCCCUCGUAAACAGCCGGUGAGCCACGAUGGAGGACAAGGGCCACCGCGUGAGCGACUACUUUGUGGUGGCCGGCCUGACGGACACGUCGGCGCCGCUGGAGCUGGACCUUUCCGAAGCCAAGGGGAGCGGGCCCAAAGCUCCCAUCACCGACCUGGCCGUCAUCAACAGGUCGGCGGGCGAGGCCGUGCCCGAGGGCUUCACCUGCGUGGACGCCACCCCCGGCGGCCUGCCGGCCAACCUCAACCACGGCAGCCUCAAGAGCCCCGAGCUCUUCCUCUGCUACCGGCGCGCUCGCGGGAAGCCGCCGCUCAUCGACGUGGGCGUUCUGUACGAGGGCAAGGAGCGCCUGAUCCAGGGCUGCGAGGUGAUCCAGGCCACGCCGUACGGCCGCUGCGCCAACGUCAACAACAGCUCGGCCGCCUCGCAGCGCAUCUUCGUCACCUUCCGCCGCGCCGCGCCCGUGCGGCCUCAGAACUCGCUGGCCGUCACCGACGUCUGCGUCAUCGUCGGCAGCAAGGGCGAGACGCCGCCGCACACCUUCUGCAGGGUGGACAAGAACCUCAACUGCGGCAUGUGGGGCUCCAGUGUCUUUCUGUGUUAUAAGAAAUCCGUGUCGGCGUCCAACUCCAUCACCUACAAAGCCGGCCUCAUCUUCCGCUAUCCGGAGGAGGACUACGAGUCUUUGCCCCUGUCCGAGUCGGUUCCUCUCUUCUGCUUGCCCAUGGGCGCCAAAAUCGAAUGUUGGGCGCCCAACACCCGAGACCCUCUGCCCGUCUUCUCCACCUUUGUGUUGACCAGCGGCUCCGGCGAAAAGGUGUACGGUUCGGCCGUCCAGUUCUACGAGCCCUACCCGGCCAACCUGCUGAGCGAGAAGCAGCAGAUCCACCUGGGCCUGCUCACCAGCGUGGAAAAGAAGCCGGUCCCCGAGCGCGCCCUCAACGCCAACAAAUGCAUCUGCCUCCUCUCCCGCUGGCCCUUCUUUGAAUCCUUCCGCAAGUUCCUCAUGUUCCUCUACAAGCUGUCUGUCUCAGGGCCGCAGCCGCUGCCCAUGGAAAAGCACAUCGCCCACUUCAUGCACAGCGUGUCCUUUCCGUCCCCGCAGAGGCCUCGGAUCCUGGUCCAACUUUCGGCGCACGACACCUUGAUCCUCUCGCAGCCCGUUUCGACGCCUUUACCCCUCAGCGGGGCCGACUACGGCACCCUCUUGAUGAACCUGGGCUCGGAAAACUGCGCCACCUUGCUGCACUUUGUCCUGCUGGAGAGCAAGAUUCUGCUGCACUCGCUCCGGCCGGCGGUGCUCACCGGAGUGGCCGAGGCCGUGGUGGCGAUGAUCUUCCCCUUUCAGUGGCAGUGCCCCUACAUCCCCCUGUGCCCGCUGUCCCUGGCAGGCGUCCUCAACGCCCCGUGCCCCUUUAUCGUGGGCGUGGACUCCCGCUACUUUGACCUUUACGACCCGCCGUCGGACGUAGUCUGCGUCGACCUGGACACCAACACCGUCUACUUGUCCGACGAGAAGAAGCACAACAACUGGAAGAACCUCCCCAAGAAGCCCUGCAAGACUCUGCUGGGCUCCCUGAGCGCCUUGCACCGCCAGCUGGCCGCAGUUUCAGUGCGACAAACGGGUCUGUCGGCGGCGGCGGCGGAGGACGUGACGCCCGUCGAGGCCGACUUCACUUGGCUCAAGAAGAAGACGGCCUUGGAGAUGGAAAUCCAGGAGGCCUUUCUGCGCUUUAUGGCCUCGGUUCUGAAAGGCUACCGCUGCUACCUCAAGCCCAUCACCCAGGCGCCGUCCGACAAGGCCACGGCCGCCGACUCCCUCUACGAUCUGCAAGGUUUUCUCAAAAGCCGAGAGCGCGCUCACCACAAGUUCUACUCGCAGCUCACCAAGACCCAAAUCUUUAUCCGCUUCAUCGAGGAGUGCACCUUUGUCAGCGACAAGGACACGGGUUUGGCCUUCUUCGACGAUUGCGUGGAGAAGGUGAGCGGCCCCCCGGUGGCUCCGCUCUUCCAAAUGGCCAAAAUGGAGCAAGUUUUUUUUCCUCUCCGCUACCUUCUGGUGUCGUGGUACGCUCGGGCGCAGGUGCAGGGAGAAUGGUCGGAGGAGGGCCGACUCUUGGAGCUGGACGAGUCGCAGAAGAGCGAGCACACCGUCUUUGUGAUGCCGCCCGAGCCGCCGUCCGAGGGCGGCCGCGACCCGCCCCCCAAAUAUACUUACAAAGGUUUCCCCCGGCUGAGGCUGGAGCUCUUUGAGCGUCCCGGAGAGUUGCGGCCGGCGAUCAGCAGCAGAGCGGCGGGCGCCAGUCUCGCCAGCAGCCCGGCGCUCCUGGCCAAGCGCACAAAGCAGGAGAUCAAGCUGGCCUCCAAAAUGGCCAAGCGCUUCUCCAGCGACCCUCAGCUGUGGGCCCGCUGCCUCUUCAGUCACUGCUACAGCCUGUGGUUCAUCUGCCUGCCGGCCGCCGUGCACCUGGCCCGCUCCAAGAGCCGUGCCAUGCAGCAGGCCUACAACGUGCUCUUGAAAAUGAGGACCACCGAGGUGGAGGUCUUGGACGAGGUGUGUUACCGGGUGGUGAUGCAGCUGUGCGGCAUUUGGGGUCUACCCGUGAUGGCCGUGCGCGUGUUGGUGGAGAUGAAGAGGGCCGGCGUUCAACCCAACGCCAUCACCUACGGCUACUACAACAAGGCCGCCUUGGAGAGCCCGUGGCCCAGCCGGAACCGCGGCGGCCUCUUCAUGUGGACCAAGCUCCGCAACGUCCUACGCGGGGUGGCCCAGUUCAAGCAGGCCGUGCGCCGCCGCUCUUCCCCCGGGAAGGGAAGCGCAGGAGGCGCAUCUUCGGACCGCUGCGGCGCCGACGGCGCAGAGGAGGAGCCGCGUGACCGACAUCCGGCGCCACCUCCAGCAGCAGGAAGCGACGGCGCCGCGGCGGCGACCGCAGCAGAACCUCCCGGUCCCGUCGACGCGCACGCGUCUGUUCCCAGCAUCGUCAGAUUGUCCACCGGGAGCAGCCCCGAGUCAGCCAAAGGCGACUCGUUCCGGCGGCACGGCAAAGCGGACGACGCGGCGCCCGUCGUCCCCGACGCCGCCUCGCUCGCUGCGGCCGACCAGCCUCAGAAGCGGCGCGAGAAAGCCCUCGCCGAGCGCAGCAGGAGCUUCAGCGCCCAAACGAGGGCCGGAAUGCUCUCGGAGAAAGGCGUGGACCGGCUCGGCGCCGACGCCCGCAUCCUGGCCGCCGCCUUUUCGGCGGCACGGAGCGCGAGCGGCCCCGGCGCCGCGUCCAAAGCGCUUUUCCGGGACUUGGAGGAAGAAGCUUUUCCUGAAGAGUUUCAGGGCCUCGUUUCCCCGGCCCGAGAAGAAAGCGGCGGUGGCGAUGGCGGGAAGCUGCCAGACAAAUGCGGCGGCGGCGGCGACGCAAAGGAGGAGGAGUCUGGGGCGCGCCCCGUCAACCUGGAAAGGGCGGAUGUGGAGGCGGGCGCCGACCCGCUUUCCCUCCUGGCGUCGGAGAGCCCAGAGCCGGCCUCCGUCGACGGCCUGGAGCCCCUCGAGCCGCCCGCCGUCGUCGUGUCCCGCAACCUGGCUGAGGAAAUCGAAAUGUACAUGAGCCUGAGAAGCCCCCCGGGCGCCGGCGGCAAGUCCGAGCCACCCCCGGAGCGCAGGUGCAGCCUUCCCGGCUCGCCGGCCGAGGCCCCUCGGCCCCGGCCCGCCGGCUCCGCCCUGGCUCGCUCCAAGACCUUUGCGGCAAAGAGCCAGCCCCCCGCCGCACCGUCCUCGACCCUGGCGCCGCUCACCAAGUCCUCCCAGGGAGGCUCGCUGGGCUCGGUCAUCAACUCCAUUUCGGCCAUCAAGAUGGACAACUUGCUGUCGGGCCCCAAAAUGGAUGUGCUCAAGUCGGGAAUGAAGCAGGCGGCCAACGUGGCCAGCAAAAUGUGGGUGGCCGUCGCCACCGCUUACUCCUACUCGGACGAUGAGGAAGAACAAGGUCAAAGCGGAGGAGGUUUCCCCGCCAGCUUGGACGAGCACAUGUUGCCCGACGCAGAGGACGAGCCGGAGAGAGGCAGCGGCGGCGGCGGCGGCGCCGACCUGCAUUUGGCGGCCAACGGCCUCAACCGGAGCUGCGCCAGCAUCGGCAGCGACGCGGGCCGAGGGAUGCGGCACGCACAUGCCAGCCCGGGGCGAGCGGGCGGGGCCCCCGACUCGUGCCACCGCGCCUCCUCCUCGUCCUCCUCCUCCAGCAUCUUCCAGAACUACGCCUUGGAGGUGCUGAUGUCCAGCUGCUCGCAGUGUCGCUCUUGCCAAGCGCUGGUGUACGACGAAGAGAUCAUGGCGGGCUGGACGGCGGACGACUCCAACCUCAACACCAAUUGCCCCUUCUGCCGCGCCGCCUUCCUGCCCCUGCUGCACGUGGAGUUUCACGACCUGCGCGCCGUCGGCGGCUUCUACUUGAAUCCCGCUGCGUCCGGAGACAGUCUGCACAGUUCGGGCGGCAGUGGGCUCCCGACGACGCCUGGCGACGUGAAGACGCCAGGGCGCGCGGCUCUCCCUCCGGAGGAGGCUCUGGCCCACAGUAGUCCCGGAACACAUCAAAGACUGGUUCCGGAGCCGGCGCAGUCCGACCCGCUGGGUCUCCUGGCGUCGGCCAAAAGAUGCGGCGGCACGUCGCUGACGCGCAGCAACAGCGUGGGCGGUCCGCUGCAGAGCCUGGACUCCUCCCCUGCGCCGCCCGGCCACGGCCUCUCCACCAGCAGCCUCCCCGGCAGCCUGCGCGAGGUUUCGGAUGGAAUGGCAGGCAAAAAGCCGGACCCCCGCCCCGUGUCGGUGCCGUACCUCAGUCCCUUGGUGCUGCGCAAGGAACUGGAGACGCUUCUGGAGAACGAGGGAGACCAGGUGAUUUACAGUCACAAGUUCCUCAGCCAGCAUCCCAUCAUCUUCUGGAACCUGGUGUGGUAUUUCCGGCGCUUGGACCUGCCCAGCCACCUCCCCGGCCUGGUCCUGACCUCCGAGCACUGUAACAACGGCACGCAGCUGCCCCUGACCUCGCUGCCCCAGGACAGCAAGCAAGUGUACGUCCAGAUCCUGUGGGACAACAUCAACCUCCACCAAGAGGCCGGAGAUCCCCUUUACCAGCUUUGGAGGACCUUGUUGGAAAAGAAGGGGACCUUGGCCCCCAGCGAUCACCAGGAGACGCGCACGCUCCUCAACACCAUUGUGCGCAACAUCCAGACCAACGACGUCUACGGCCCCAUCAACCUGCUGAUCCGAGAGCUCAAACGUCGCCCGGAGGACGGCCAGCGGCAGAGGAGCAUCUAUAGAGAAAUAUUAUUUCUCUCCCUUGUGGCGUUGGGGCGAGAGAACAUCGACGUAGAGGCUUUUGACAGGGAGUACCGGCUGGCCUACGACGAGCUCAGCCCGGAGCAGCUCCGGCUCCUGCGCCGCAUGGACGGGCCGCCCGGCGCCGGCGUCAGCUGCUGCCUCAAAUGCUUUGGCACCCUCUUCAUCUGAUCAGGGAAAGCCGUUUGUUCUGCGUCCGGCAACAGCGUGCUCGUUUUUUCCUCACUCCAAAGACAACUGGGUGCACGGGUCGCGUGUCGUCGUCCCCCCCCGCCUUUCCACUCGCUUUGAUCCACGUCUUAAUGAAUUCUCAAGUCCUCGUCAGCUCGCCAAAGAAGCAGACAAUCGCUAAUUACAAGUCGGCAGCCUGUUUAGUUGUGCCGGGUGCUGAAAACAUUCCACGGCGAGCGAGCGAGCGAGCGUUGCGCUGGAGAAGGAGCACGGAUGUAACCAAGCAAACACAUUCCAUUUUCCAAACGGAUUGACAAGAAGAUGAGCCGCCGCCGCCGCCGCCGCCUCAAAGUCUUAACUCGUUUGUCCUCUCAAACACACAAAAACGACUUUCUCUUAUUUAUUUUUGUAGUCUCGCUCUUGCUGUCAUUCUAAUCACUUUUUAAAAUGGCUGUUGAAUGAGAGAUUUCAAGCUGUAGUGAUUUCUCAAAAGUGAUCUCUCACCGUCCUGUGGUAAGGAAUUGAAUGUCGACCUAAAAAUUAGCUGCAAUAAACAAGUUUGUGAACCAUCAA